AUGGAAAAAUUGGGAAGGCAUCGUGAGACCGCGGACACGUAUAUGAGCAUUGGCAUGAUUCUUCAAGCACAAGACAAUGACGAAAAAGCCGAAGAAAUGUUCCAGAAAGCCCUGGACAUCAAGCUCAAAAUUCUUCCAUAUACAGAUCCUGAAGUCACGGAACUGUAUCAUCAUCUAGCCCAUUCAUUGAAAAAGCAGGACAAGUACUCAGAAUCAACCAAGAUACACAAACUCCAACUUGCUACACUGCUACAAGUACAUGGGGAAGACCACCCCGGUGUUGUACUUUCAUACCAUGGAAUUGCAGAGCUUCUGGCACUUCAACAUAGGUCGGAAGAUGCUCUACAGAUGCUUGAUAGAGGCAUUGAAAUUCGCAAUCGAUUAGAAUUGUUGAAAGCUGACUUUGUACUUUUGCUGGGACAAACUUUUUCAAGUAUAGCAGUCAUACUAAGCAAACAGGGCAACGUCGAAGCUGCGACGGGGGUUCUCAACAAAGCGCUGAUAAUGCAAAUUGAAACCGUAGGUGAAAGGCACUAUACAACAGUACAGACAUAUGCAAAACUUGCAGUAGCAUACGGCCAACUUGCAGAAGCAUGCGUCAAACAAGAUAUAGAAGGUGCCAUCAAGUCUUACGCGAAAGCCAUCAAAUUUCGUCGAAAGGAGCUUGGCAAUGAGGAGCUCGGCGAUGAUCAUCCCGAAGUAAAAAAGCUUAUGCGGCCCCUUGAAUUACUUCGGCUCGAGAAAAAAAUGAGAGAUCUGAACGAGCUAGGAUUGGCCAUGAAAGCGGACGGCGAUUCAGAAAAAGCGAUGCAGCUCUUCAAUGAGGCACUGGAUAUUUGCUUGGAAAACUCCCUAAUCGGUCCCACUACUGCAGCAUUGCUCGAGAAUAUGUCGGCUAUAAGAGUUGACCAGGGGAAGCUGGGACAAGCCGUUGCUACGAGUGCAGAAGCCCUCAAGAUUCGUCGAAGGAUGCAUGGUGACGACCAUGCUGACACGAAGUGA